AUGGCAAGCUCACUUAGCAUCGCUCAUGCUACGCUGGACUGGAAACGACAGAAUCCACCUAAAGGGCCAGGCUUCGAUUGGGAGAUGUACCGUUAUGUUCCUUCUAUGGCUGGAGCAAUCGUCUGCCUCGUCGUGUUCCUCGUAAUGGCUCUUCUACAUUUGUAUCAGUUUCUCAAGUCGAGGAAUCGGAUUAUCGUUUUUGUUGUUAUCGGCGCAUUAUGCGAAGUUGGCGGAUACGGCGCACGCAUCGCUUCUCACUUCGAUAAUCAAGCCUGGGGCCCAUACAUCACUCAAGGUGUACUGACACUUGUCGGUCCUCUGUGGUUCGCCGCAACCAUAUACAUGAUGCUUGGCCGUACCAUCAGACUCGCCGGCGGAGAAGACGUCAGUCUGAUCCCAGCGAGAUGGUACACAAGAAUCUUUGUCACCGCGGAUGUCACAACGUUGAUCAUCCAGGGCUUAGGCGCCAGCAUCAUGGGAACCAUGCAACUCGCCCUCGCCCUCGCAGGCGAGAAGAUCGUCAUCGCGGGCCUCGCACUCCAAGUCGCUACCUUCAUCAUCUUCCUCGUCGCCUCUUUCGACUUCCAAAUCCGCAUGAACAAGAAAGCCGAUCAUCCCUCAGCAGACUGGAAGAAGAUGCUAUACAUACUCUACAGCGUCAGUGCGCUGAUCUUGUUCCGCUGCACCUUCAGACUCAUCGAGUAUGCCAUGGGCAACGCUGCGUAUCUGAUUGCGCAUGAAUGGACGUUGUAUUGCUUCGAUGCUGUGCCAAUGUUUUUGGUCUUGGUGCUGUUGCUGGUUCUGCAGCCGAGUCGAUAUGUUGAGGGAAACUUGGGGAAAUCGCGACUGGACAGCGAUGGCGAGGUCGGCGUUGUGGAGAGAAAGUGA